AUGGCUUCUUCUGAGAGUUUUGUCACUGUCGAACAACCAUGGACGUUCCAGCGAUCAUUUAACGACUCUUUGGUUUCCGAAUUCUACAAAAAAGAGAAUGAAGCGCUCACGAAAGCCUUGCAAAUGUCAUUUACAGGUGGUGUCGCCGCAGCCGACACGGCGGCAUCUCUCUUGGUGAAGCCUGAAAUGGUUCCGUUUCAAACACCUACGGCCUCGGGCGGUUCAGAAAGUGAAGCCCCGGUUUUGAAACCAAGGACCGUUGGGUUGACCAGGAAGAUUACCAAACGGAAGUCACGUGCGAAAGGUGCAACGACGACUUUUAUAACAGCCGAUGCUGCGAAUUUCAGACAAAUGGUACAGGAGGUGACUGGUAUGAGGUUCGGUGGCUUGAACGUGCAGGUGCCAGUUACUCAAGUGCUGAAGCCUGAGCCUCAGAGGCUAGUCAACCGGCUGCAGUCGAGUGGAGGCUUGCAUACUCUUGACACGUCAUCUUUUCUUCUGGGCCAAACUCACCACCAGCAAGUAGACCCAGCUUCAUAUUUGGUGUCCCAGCCACCCGUUGCUAGUUCUACGCCACCUCCCGCGGUUGUUACUGAUGGUGGCUCGGGUGGGCUUGACUUCAACUCUCUUUGUAACUUCCCCACACUUGAAUCUUGGAAAGUCAUGUAA